AUGGCUGCACUGCUACUGAACUUGGGCUCGCUUUCGCUGCUGCUUUUACACCUUCUCCUCAGCUCUUUGUUCAUUGUCAUCCCGGGGAGUGCAGCAGAGCCUUUCUGCCGCUCACCGUGCACCCAUCAAGCCCCCGGAGACACUCAAAGCACCAGCCUGCACGACAGAACGGUAACGGGGGCUUUGGCUGGGGGCAUUUGGAAGAUCCACCCUGCACGGACGCGUGGACGUCAAUUUAAAUGUCUAACGUGCGAACAAUGCUUACGAACCGGUGCAUUGGGAAUCCCCUCAGGUCCGUUGCGUCUGGAAUACCGGAAUACUAGAAUAUAUAUAUCAGAACCGGCAUCGCACACCGGACGCUGUCAUCAUCCGCCAGCUUGGAGUGACUGUGGCGGCGGAGAGAAGGGCGUUGUUUCUCAUGUUCUCGACUCUCCAUUUCAGUGGGGCAAAAAGAGGACUAUACAAAGGACUAGAGCGUGCUCGUGGCCACAGACACAUCCACACCUCGCCACGGACAGGGCUGUUGCGCAAAGAGAGCUCCGGGAGUUGAAUUGUGUUGUGUUUCGCUCGCAGGUGGAUACCAGUAGAACCGUGAAAAGGAAAUCAAGGCCUACGGGAGUAAAACGGGAGUUUACCGCUGCCAAGAGAACAGCACGGCCGUUAUCAAUAGAGUAUUCUGAUUCUAAUGUGGCUUGCAUUGUUUUGGACGCCAGUAAAUUAAGCAAAGCGACAACGGACCGUUCACUUCCAGCCCCCUUGAAUGUCUUUAAAACAGGGUUUGAGAAUGCCCGGGGGUGCACAGAACCACGCGUACAGCACCUCUCUCUUGUGGUAGCGGGCGAAGCAAACAGCUGUCUCGAGUCAUACCGGAUCACGGAAGCUGCUGUUGUGUGCACAGGUUGUUCUGAAAGACAUCCAGCAUGGCACAGUAGUGACUGGCACCGGUUCAACACCUCUCUGAGGAGCGCAGUAGGCGUACGCUCUGUUGUCUGUGGAAAGCGGGCAGAAGAAAAUACAAACACCACAUUUUCAUACAACAACUCUUUAUUAUUAUGUGUGAAUGCUGAAGCUGGUAAAACCAACGAGCUGAAUUGUGCACUCAAACGGACUGAUGACAGAAAAGGAAAUUAUCAUAGAUCAUCUGAAAUCAGCGCGGCUCGCUUUGACUCGAAUAUCAGUGAUGAGUACAAGUUUGACUCAUCUGUUACUGACACUACCAGGGGUCUAAACGUAUCAAACAUCUACCUCCUAGUUGAGCUAAUCUUCACUAAACAAUUUUAUGACUCACAACUUCACAGUGGUCACGCGAAGAGCGCGAGAGAAGAAUCAGCACCAGCCGCUCAGUGGACAGCGAAGAGCGCGAGCUUCGUGAACUUUCUUGAAAGCUUUUCUCUGAGGAAUUGGAACAGCAGCAAUAACAGCUGCGCAAACAUUUUUAAUAAUAACAACAAUAACAACAACAAUAGCAGCCGUGAUGAUCAAAAUGUCAAUGAAACACAAUAUAUUUCUGUCAGUGAAAAGAGCGACUUCACAAAACGGGAAAGCUCACGCUAUCCUUGCUCUACUGCGCGUGCAGAGCUCGAUGACUACAACGAUAGCUUGACUGCCGAUGGGGGAUCCACGCGGCCGCAAUUAAAAUCCGGUAAACGUUUGUCAUUACAAGCGGAGGGUGUCAGUCAGCAGGAGGAGCAGCUGGAGGCCCCUGUUGAGUCCGGUAGGAGGGAGGGAGAGAAAGAGGGUGGAGUGAAUGGAGAGGUGAGGGUAAAGGGUGUCAAACAGCCUGUAGAGAGAGAAAUCCAGGAAAGCAUGGAGUGGGUGAUUGUAGAAGACACAAAGGAUGAGACAGUGGAGAAUGACACAUAUUUACCAAAAGAGGGAGAAAAAGGUCAAGGUAAUGGAACCUUUCAGUCAGACAGUGAGGGAGAUGAAAUAAAAGAGUGGGACAAAAAUGAGGGAAUUUGGACUGAGCUUAAACAUAGCGGAGAUGGGGCGGAAAACAUACAAAAACAUCUAAACACCAUGAAACAAAAAGAAGGAGAGAGUGUUAAAGUGCAGAGAAGGGAAGAGCAGGGGUACGAUGAAGAGCAGACAGGUGUCCUGCCUGUUGGGCGCUCCCGCAGAGCUGCUAACCGACAACCCCAUUUCCCCCAGUACAACUAUCAGGUUCAGGUCGCCGAGAACCAGCCUCCUGGUACGUCAGUCAUAACAAUGACAGCUGAGGACGCUGAUGCUGGUGAGGCUGGCAGACUCAGUUACAGCAUGGCCCCUUUAAUGAACAGCAGGUCCACAGAUUACUUCCAAAUCGACCCAAUUACUGGCCUUCUCUCUACCACACACAUUCUAGAUAGAGAGCACAUGGACCUGCAUUAUUUCAGAGUCACUGCCACAGACCACGGCUCACCACGCCUUUCUGGAACAACUAUGGUGACCAUCACUGUGGCUGACCGUAACGAUCACUCUCCUGUGUUUGAGCAGACAGAGUACCGUGAGACAAUUAGAGAGAAUGUUGAAGAGGGAUAUCCUAUUCUACAACUACGUGCAACUGAUCUCGACUCACCGGCGAAUGCCAACAUACGUUACCGAUUUAUUGGGGAAAGUGCGGCUGUUGCACGUUCCUCGUUCGAGAUUGACCCACGAUCAGGAUUGAUUACAACACGAGGCAUUGUUGACAGAGAAGCAAAUGAGCAUUACACUUUGCUGGUUGAAGCAAGCGACCAAGGGAGAGAGCCAGGCCCAAGAUCUGCUACUGUUAGUGUCAAUAUUAUUGUGUUGGAUGAGAACGACAAUGUGCCACAGUUUAGUCAAAAGAGAUAUGUGGUUGCUGUUAGAGAGGAUGUUCGCCCACAUUCCGAAAUCCUCAAAAUUAGCGCUUCAGACCUCGAUAAAGAUGGGAAUGCUGCUGUGCAUUAUAACAUAAUUAGUGGGAAUAGCCGUGGACAGUUUGCGAUCGACAGCGUUACUGGGGAAAUCCAGGUAGUUGCACCACUGGACUUUGAGACAGAACGAGAAUACACGCUACGUCUGCGCGCUCAGGACAAUGGCCGUCCGCCUCUUUCCAACAACACUGGAAUUGUGAGCGUGCAGGUCACAGAUGUCAACGAUAAUCCACCAAUCUUUGUAUCCACGCCAUUCCAGGCUACAGUGCUGGAAAGCGCUCCUAUUGGUCACUCCAUUUUUCAUAUACAAGCUAUUGAUACAGAUAACGGUGACAAUGCACGCCUGGAAUACCGUUUAACAGGGACUGGUACAGAUACACCAUUUGUUAUCAACGCUGCCACUGGUUGGGUCACAGUGAGCUCAGAACUUGACCGUGAAUCAGUAGAGCACUACUUUUUUGGUGUUGAGGCACGGGAUUAUGGUGCUCCGCCCCUUUCUGCCACAGCUAGUGUUACGAUCACAGUGAUGGAUGUUAAUGAUAACAGGCCAGAAUUUCUUCAAAAAGAGUAUUUUGUCAGACUCAAUGAGGAUGCUUCUGUUGGCACAAGUGUGGUCAGCGUAACUGCAGUUGACCGUGAUGUAAACAGUGCAGUCACAUAUCAAAUCACUGGCGGAAACACACGUAAUCGAUUUGCCAUUAGCACAGCCAGUGGUGGUGGUCUGGUCUCUUUAGCACUGCCUUUAGACUACAAACAGGAGCGUCGCUAUGUGCUAACAGUUACUGCCUCAGACAGAACACUCCACGACACAUGUCAGGUGCACGUCAACAUCACAGAUGCCAACACACACCGCCCAGUGUUCCAGAGCGCUCAUUAUUCAGUCAAUGUGAAUGAGGAUCGUCCUCCUGGCAGCACAGUGGUGGUUAUAAGUGCCACAGACGAAGACGUUGGAGAAAACGCACGCAUCACUUACUAUUUGGAGGACAACAUUCCACAGUUCCGUAUCGAUACUGCAACUGGAGCAAUCACACUUCAAGCCGAACUAGACUAUGAAGACCAGAUGACCUACACUCUUGCCAUUACAGCUCGUGACAAUGGAAUCCCACAAAAAUCUGACACCACAUAUGUGGAGGUUAAUGUUAAUGAUGUUAAUGACAACACACCUCAGUUCUUGAGCCCCAGAUACCAGGGUGGAGUCAGUGAGGAUGCCCCGCCCUUCACUAGUGUUCUGCAAAUCUCUGCCACCGACCGUGAUGCUCAUGCCAAUGGCCGUGUCCAGUAUACAUUUCAGAAUGGAGAAGAUGGUGAUGGUGAUUUCACCAUCGAACCGACUUCCGGAAUAGUCCGGACUGUCAGGAGACUUGACCGUGAAAGUGUUCCAUUCUAUGAGCUGACAGCAUAUGCCGUGGAUCGAGGGGUUCCACCUCAGCGAACACCUGUACACAUUCAAGUCAGUGUCAUGGAUGUCAAUGACAAUGCUCCAGUUUUCCCUGCUGAUGAUUUUGAGGUUCUAGUGAAAGAGAACAGUGCUGUUGGGUCCGUUGUAGCUCAGAUUACAGCGACGGAUCCAGAUGAGGGCCCAAAUGCUCAGAUUAUGUAUCAGAUUGUGGAAGGCAAUAUUCCAGAAAUCUUCCAAAUGGACAUUUUUUCAGGGGAACUCACUUCGUUAAUUGACCUUGACUAUGAGACACGGAAUGAGUAUGUAAUUGUUGUCCAGGCCACAUCAGCGCCACUAGUGAGUCGAGCUACAGUGAGGAUCCGACUUGUUGACCAGAAUGAUAAUGGGCCCCAAAUGCAAGACUUUCAAAUCAUCUUUAACAACUUUGUAUCCAAUCGCUCAAACACUUUCCCAAGUGGGGUUAUUGGAAGGGUUCCAGCCCAUGACCCAGAUGUUUCAGAUCGUCUCUAUUACACUAUAGAUCGUGGAAAUGAGCUGCACCUUCUACUGCUAAACCACACAAGUGGAGAGAUACGUCUGAGCCGAAAACUGGACAACAACCGACCACUGGUGGCCCCAAUGGUGGUCACCAUCACUGAUGGCAUUCACAGCGUCAGUGCUCAGUGUGUUUUGCGGGUUUUCAUCAUCACAGAGGAGAUGCUCAGCAGCAGCAUCACAGUGCGACUCCAGAACAUGUCCCAGGAGCACUUCCUAUCCCCGCUGCUCACUCACUUCCUGGAAGGAGUGUCAGCAGUGCUGUCAGUCUCUCCUGACGAUGUGUUUGUGUUUAACAUUCAGCCGGAUGCAGAUGCUGGAAAGGUGCUUAAUGUUAGUUUCUCAGCUGCAUUGCCAGGAGGACAGUUUUUCCCAUCAGAGGCACUAGAAGAGCAGCUCUACCUCAACAGGCCUAGACUCAAUGCCCUUGCACAUAUGGAGGUUCUCCCAUUCGAUGAUAAUGUGUGUUUGCGUGAACCGUGUCAGAACUACAUGAAGUGCAUCAGUGUCCUCCGCUUCAACAGCUCAGCCCCCUUUAUUGCCUCCCCAUCCACGCUGUUCCGGCCCAUACAUCCAAUCACAGGCCUGCGCUGCCGCUGCCCGGUGGGGUUCACCGGAGAUUACUGCGAGAUUGAAAUUAACCUCUGCUACUCGAACCCCUGCAUGAAUGGAGGAGUGUGUGCUCGCAGGGAGGGAGGGUACACCUGCAUCUGUCGAGAAGAUUACAUGGGUGAGCGGUGUGAGUUUGACCGGCGUGCUGGGAAGUGUGUGGCAGGUGUUUGUCGCAAUGGUGGUACGUGUCGUGAGCUCUCUGGAGGGGGUUUCAGGUGUGAAUGUCCUGCAGGAGGUUAUGAGAGGCCUUACUGCUCUGUCACCACCAGAUCCUUCCCGCCAAAAUCAUUCAUCAUGUUCAGAGGCCUUCGACAACGAUUUCACCUCUCCAUCUCUCUCUCGUUUGCCACAUUGGAAAGUAAUGGUUUACUUUUCUACAAUGGUCGAUUUAAUGAAAAACAUGACUUCCUUGCUCUGGAGAUACUGGACAGACAAGUGGUUCUUAAAUAUUCCACAGGUGAGAUUUCUACUCAGGUGAGCCCAUAUCUGCCUGGUGGAGUGAGUGACGGCAACUGGCACACCGUUCACAUCCAUUACUAUAACAAGCCAAGGCGCAGUGUGAGCGGGGAGGUUCAGGGCCCGUCUGAUGAGAAGGUUGCAGUCUUAAGUGUGGAUGACUGUGAUACUGCCGUUUCCCUGAGAUUUGGAAUUCAGCUUGGCAACUACAGCUGUGCUGCUCAGGGAAGACAGACUAGCAACAAGAAGUCUUUGGAUCUGACAGGCCCAUUGUUUUUGGGUGGAGUUCCUAACCUGCCAGAGAAUUUUCUAUUUGGUACAAGAGAAUUUAUUGGCUGCAUGAAAGACCUGCACAUUGAUAACAGACCAGUGGACAUGGCCGGAUUCAUUGCCAAUAAUGGCACCUUACCAGGCUGUAGUGCCAAAAUGCCUUUCUGUAAAUCGAACCCAUGCCAGAAUGGGGGCACAUGUAGGGUUAGUUGGGAGACGUUCUCCUGUGACUGUCCUGUUGGAUUUGGAGGGAAGGACUGCAGCCAAGUCAUGUCCCACCCCCAUCGCUUCCUUGGUAACAGUGCGCUGUGGUGGGACCUGAAGAAUGACGUGACCAUCACCACACCCUGGUACAUGGGGCUGGUGUUCCGCACUAGGUCGAAAGAAGGAGUUCUCUUGCAGGCUCAAGCUGGACAAUACACCAGCUUAAUCUUUCAGGUUAUGUCAGGUCAGCUGGUGUUUUCUGUGGCACGAGGUUCUGCUCGGCCAGUCCGGUUAAGACUGGAUCAGGUUCAAGUGUCUGAUGGACGCUGGCAUGACAUACAGCUCGAGCUCCGUGAUGUCCGGAGUGGACGAGAGACUCGAUAUAUUGCCACAGUCAGACUGGACUUUGGACUGUAUCAGGGAACAGUAAUUGUUGGAAAUGAGAUUAAUGGUGUAAAGGUGAAGCACCUGCAUGUGGGCGGAGUUUUAGGGUCAGGAGAAGUGCAAAAUGGCUUGCGUGGCUGUAUUCAGGGGGUGCGUCUGGGGGUGCGUCCUGAUUCCCCUGCAUUGCCCCGGCCCUCCAGAACCAUCAAAGUGGAGACUGGCUGUAAUGUUGGCAACCCCUGUAACUCCUCACCUUGCCCUGCCCGCAGUCACUGCACUAACGAAUGGGAUCGCCACGUCUGUGUUUGUGAACCAGGAUUCUAUGGUAAAAGCUGUAUGGAUGCAUGUCAGCUCAACCCAUGUGAGAAUCAAGCAAAGUGCCACAGGAAGCCCAGCUCCUCUCAUGGGUAUAUCUGCGACUGUGAGGACAGUCACUACGGACAGUACUGCCAACAUAGGAUCGAGCAACAGUGUCCUCGUGGUUGGUGGGGCAGCCCAACAUGUGGACCCUGCCACUGUGAUGCCAGUAAAGGUUUCGAUACAGACUGCAAUAAGACCACUGGAAACUGCCACUGCAAGGAGUUUCAUUAUCGACAGCGGGGAAGUGAUGAAUGCCUGCCAUGUGACUGCUACCCAGUGGGCUCCUUCUCGAGGUCAUGUAACACAGAGAGCGGCCAGUGCAAGUGCAGACCCGGCGUGAUUGGCCGUCAGUGCAACAUGUGUGACAACCCAUUUGCAGAAGUCACACAAACAGGCUGUGAAGUGAUCUACGAUGGCUGUCCUAAAACCAUAACAUCAGGAAUUUGGUGGCCCAGAACAAAGUUCAACCUGCCUGCAGCUGUACCCUGUCCUAAAGGAUCAGUGGGAACUGCAAUUCGGCACUGUGAUGGAGAAAGAGGAUGGCUAGAUCCUGAUCUGUACAACUGCACAUCUCCUCCUUUUGUGGAGCUGAACACAGCUCUGGAGGCGUUGGAACGUAACGAGACAGAGCUCAACACCAUCAUUGAAAAGAAACUGGCCCAUCAGCUUCGGGAUGUCACAGAGGCAACAAUCCGUCUCUAUGGCAAUGACCUUUUGAUAGCUGAGCGACUGAUGUCCCGCCUCCUGACCUUUGAGGGCCUCCAGUCAGGCUUCGGUUUGACAGCCACUCAAGAUGCGCAUUUCAAUGAGAAUCUGUUACGAGGCUGUAGUGUUUUGUUGGGUCCGGGCAGUGCUACGUUAUGGAGGGGUCAAAAUUCAGGUCAGAGCGGAGCUGCAGGAUUGGCUGAUCUUCUGGAGCAGUACACCCACACACUUGCCCGGAAUAUGAAACAGACCUACCUCAAUCCUGUGGCACUCGUCGCCCCAAACAUCGUCUUGACUCUGGAUCGUGUUGACAACCAUACACAUGUUCGGCGCCGGUUUCCACGGUAUCACAGCACUCUUUUCCAGGGUCAAGUACUUUGGGACCCUCACACACAUGUUGUGCUGCCACCUACUGCAUUAGUGCCACAGCGCAACUUUUCUCCAUCUCCAGCUGGCCCUGUGAAUCUGUUGGCCAAUCAGACAAUAGAAGUGACGGCAGCACGGUGGUCUUUGGCACUGCAAGAGGCACCUGUCACCAUUGUCAUUAUCCUCAUCUAUCGGAGUCUGGGGGCUUCACUGCCCCCCAAAUACCACACAGACCGCCGUGGCGUCAGGUUACCCAGGCACCCUGUGUUGAACUCCCCUGUAGUGAGUGUGUCUGUGUAUAACAACCAGACAUUUGUGGAGGGUUUUCUUGACACUCCGGUGCAGCUGGAGUUUCGUCUGCUGGAGACCAGCAAUCGUAGCAAACCGCUGUGUGUGCAGUGGAAUAACAGCAGGCCUGUAUCAGCAGGGGGCUGCUGGACUGUGAGAGACUGUAGUGUGGUCUAUAGAAACUCAUCACAUGUUCGCUGUCAGUGUCACAGAUUGGGAACCUUCGGAGUCCUUAUGGACAGCUCACAAAGAGAGCAGUUAGAGGGUGACCUGGAGACCCUCGCCAUAGUAACAUACUCCUCACUCUCAGUUUCUAUGGCAGCAUUGUUGCUAACAGUGCUGGUUUUAUCAUGCCUGAGGGGACUGAAAUCAAACACACGUAGUAUUCAUUCCAACAUGGCUGCUGCUACUCUCCUUUCCCACCUCACAUACCUGCUGGGUAUCAACCAGACUGAACUACAGUUCUUGUGUACAGUGGUUGCGAUCCUGCUCCAUUACUUCUUCAUGUCGGCUUUUGCGUGGCUGUUUGUGGAGGCUCUGCACAUUUACCGCAUGCAGACAGAAGCAAGAAACAUCAACUAUGGAGCCAUGAGAUUCUACUAUGCUAUAGGCUGGGGAGUUCCUGCCAUCAUUACAGGCCUGGCAGUGGGGCUGGAUCCAGAGGGGUACGGUAACCCAGAUUUCUGCUGGAUCUCCAUGUACGAUAAGCUCAUGUGGAGCUUUGCGGGACCAGUUAGCGUUGUCAUACUGAUGAAUGGUGGAAUGUUUUUAGCUGUUCUACGUAUGACGUGUAACCCGACUCAAAAAGAGAUAAAAAAGCUGCCUGUAAUUUCUACUAUCCGUAGUGCCUUCCUCCUUUUGUUGCUGAGUACUUGUGUUUGGUUAUUUGGUCUGAUGGCUGUUAAUAAUAGUGUUCUGAUAUUCCACUACCUGUUCAUUGUCCUCUGUAGCAUACAGGGCUUGGCCAUACUGUUGGUGUUCACAGUCCUAAACUCAGAGGUUCAGGAAGCCUGGAAACUGGCCUGUUUGGGCAAGAAAAGCCCUGGUGAAGAGCCUUCCACAGCUCCACAGAUUCCUGGCCAAAACCCGAACAACAGCGCCUCCCUGCUUGAACAGAGCGGAUUACAUCGGAUCACUCUUGGAACUUCAACCAUCUCAUCAGUCAGCAGUGCAAGGGAGAAUCUCUUGGCACGGCAGUCUCUAGAACACACUCUAGCUCACACAGGGGCCACUGACCUGGACAUGGCGAUGUUUCACCGCAACGGAGGUACACUAAAACACAAUAACUUCCACGCAUGUGAAGACUCUGACUCAGAUUCCGAUCUUUCAUUGGAAGAGGAGAGGAGUCUGUCCAUCCCAUCUUCAGAGAGUGAGGAUAAUGUUCGUCUGCGUGGACGCAUCCAGCGACGCUUCAAACGGACUGGACACAGCGAACGCUUACUCACAGAGCCCUCCCACAAUGGUGGAAAAGAUCUGGAUGGCAAUGACCUGCUCUCCUAUUGGCCAGCGCUGGAAGGCUGCGAGGCACACUCUCUUCAGAAAUGGGGCUCGGAGCGCCGCCUAGGGGGCGAUUACAGCAAGGACGCAGCUAAUAACAACCAGCAAGAUGCAGCGCUCACAAGCGGGGAUGAGAAUGGGCUAACACACAGACACCGGAAGGGAAUCCUAAAGAAUCGUCUGGGCUGCCCUCCUGCUCUGUCUGCUGUGGGUCAUGCUCCUAGUGAGACGUCUUGGUACAAGACCUCCACAUUGGGUCACCGAGGUGUCCCAGCUGCCUCCUAUGGUCGUAUGUAUUCCGGUACUGGCUCACUGUCCCAACCUGCUUCCCGAUACUCCUCUCGGGAACACCUAGAUUCAUUUGCCCGACAACAGCGAUCCCGUGACAACCUUGACCUGUUGCCACGACGACGCGAGCUUGGUGCUGAACACCUGGGUGGGUCAAGAGAGAGGCUGGGCCCUCUUCACAGCAUCAAUACGUCCAGGGAGGAUCUGGUGGCCAGGGGUGGGAUGGCAGGGUUAAUGGGGGCGGAGAGUUCAUUAAGUGGAUCAAGAACACAGCUUAACACUCUAACAAGGCAACAGGCCUCUCGGGAACACCUUGGGGGGGCGCUGAUGAGCAGUCGGUCUCGGGAACAGUUGGAGUCUAACGGUGGAUCACAACCAUGCAGGGAGUGGCUGAGAACCCUGCCACCUCGACAGCUCUCACACCCCGAGCCACACCCACCCUCCUCACCCCCUCCACCAAUCAGAGAAGAGCCCCAUGAAACCCUGCCCUCUCGCCGUGGACGGCUAGACUCCGCCCCUCCAUGUAGGUACCCUUCAUCUGCAGCUGCACCUGGAGCCCCAUCUAGUCGCCCACCCUCUAGUGAACAUCUCGAUAUCCUCUCCUCUAUACUUGCUUCCUUCAACUCAUCUGUCUUAACCCCACCCCCUAACCCUGUCGCCGCAUCAGCUGGCCCCUCCCCUUCCCCUCCUCCUCUGUCUGCAACCUCUCAGAGCAUCUCUGAAGUGUCACCUGACUCUGAAGUUAACAGAAGUGAUGGACAAUCUUGAUGAUUCCCUCACAGCCCUGUAAUGCACUUCUGCAGACGGGCUCGAGAGGAUCACAGGACAUAACCGACUGGAGCUAUGAGGACUCCUACUAAACACUUGAGAGUGAAAUUGCUCAUCAAGGGCUUGAGAUAUCAUCAGGAAAUUAACAAAAAGAAGAUGAAGACUUCUGUGACAAUUUUUCCAAACAGCAAACCUCAGAUUUCAGAACAACCACUGAGAGGGCUGGACAGAGAGAGAAAAAAUAUUGUACAUAAUUCUUUUUUUUUAUACGUUUUGUAUCUUUUUCAUCAAAGAUAAAAAAUCUCUAGUGAUGUUAUUGAUGAUGGUGUCCAGCAUAUGAGUUUUUGUGUGAAUGGAUGUGUUUAACUGGAAAGGAUUGAAAAACAUUUUCAAACCCAUUCCUUGCUAAAACAAUCCCAAACAUUCCGAUCCUUGUAUUCCAACUUGUGUUUAUGGAACAUUAACCAUGCCCUCUAAAAAAUGACUGAGAAACUUGAGAGAGUCUAUGAAGAUAAGGAUUGGUCGAUGUUAAUGAGGAAGAUAAUGGCGCUAGCAUGGGAUUGGCUUGGAAACUCCAGAGAUGGUGAUUGUAAUUGUAAAGAGUUAUGAAACAAAAGAUGUGAUUGGACCGUAAUGAUUGUCAGUCAAGGGAUUGAUUUCAGAGAGGUAACUUGGUUGGAAGUUUUUUGGCUGUUCUAAACAUUUCUUCAACAAACUCCCAAUAUUUGGCUGAGAUAUAUAUAUGAGAUUAAGGAACUGUGGUAUUCCGUAUUUGGAUGUAAUUAUACUUGCCAGUCCUAUUUCCGGACAUUUUAAGCCAAUAUGAGAUCAUACUGAAGCAUGCAAUGGAGUUUGUUGAAGCUCUAUUAAGAGGCCUUUAUGGAUUUUAAAGUCAUUUAUUUGUGUAACUAGCCUACAAGCGCAUUCUCAGCAUAAUCAAGAGCUCUUUCAUAACCAAGCUUAUCAAAAAUCAAAUAUUGCUUGAGGAAAAAUCAGAUCUCAUUUCAGCUAUUCAGGAGAACAUAUUUAAUCCAUCUUUAAUUUCUUUUGACAAAGAGAGCAUAUCCAAAUGUAAUUGAUUAUGUCUGUGAAGUAUUGAAUAGUCUUGGUGCUUCAGGGGAAGAAACAUGGUGAGAUGAGCUACAUGCAGUCGUUGAAGUAAAAUAAGAUCUCAAAAUAUCAGGUUCUUGUUUAAAGGGGAAAUAGUGUUUCAUCAUAUGACUUUGUCACCUUUUACUGUCUUUUACACUGUUAUCAUGAGUUUCUGCCAAAAAGAGUGCCCUAUGUCAUUCCUUUUAUACCUCUUACCUGUCAGAAAGUGCUCCAGGACCUUUUCUAUUCAUCAGUUGAAUUAUUAUAUAAUUUUAUCUUGUACAGACAUUACAUUUUAUUUAUUUAGUAUUGAGAUUAAUUUAACUUAUUUAUAGUCCUGCUGAGGUGUUUUUAAAGAAGUAUGUGUGGGACCUUUUUUUCUUCUUCAUAAAAGCGAGGUUUCAUCUGUUAAAAUGUUUUAUGUGUGAGUCUUUUGUACUUGUACUAUCUGAUAUGCUCCCCUCCUCUUCUGCAAAUAAUGAAUUCUGAGAAAAUAAUUAUUCACUAUUCUUUAGAGAAAGAGAGAGAGAGAGAGAGAGUGGUGGAAGACAGUCAUUUGGUGGGAGAGAAAAAAUUUAUAAUUUUGAAAAUGGGGAAUGUAUAAUUGGUCAACAUGUUUAUUUUUGGGACAUGCUGUAUCCCAUUUACCUAGGGGGUUUUCAAAUAAAAUUACAAAUCUUCUACAAAAGUGAGGCGAGAUCUAGAGACCCGUUGGACAUUAAUAAAAGAGUUAUUGCUACCAGGCAUCUGUAUAUAUUUUUUUGAAUACUCAAGGCAAACACUUGAGGAACACACA